GGGAGAAACCAGAGAGAGUCAUGAAAGCGACAGAAACGAAAGCGAUCGCAUUUUGAAGCUAUAAUUGCGAUUGCGAUGAACAUUGAGGAACCACAAACCGAGAACAAACGGAGAUCUUUCGAGUCAAACUUCCGGUGAAGAGAAAUCCAAGUUCUGUAGUGUUCAUAUCAGUUGAAUUUCUUUGCGUUUCUUCAAUCGUUCUGCAGUUUUCUUUUCGAAUGAGAUAUCCGAUCGUCGGCGGCGAUCGGAGAUGUUCGUCGGCGGUGGAAUUGGAGACGGGUUUGGAAGCGGAGGAGGAAGGUGGUGAAACUGCUGCUUCUGAUGGCCGCGAUGGUGGUGUGGACGUAGUGUUUGCUGCUGCAGUGCUAGGAUUUCCGGGGUAGAGAAUGAAGAAGGGAAAGGGCAGGAACCUCGGGCUUUUGCCUAAUUCUCUGAAAAUUAUCUCGUCGUGCCUGAAGACGAUGUCUACUAACGCGAGCACCGUCGCUUCCACGGUCCGCUCUGCCGGUGCCUCGGUCGCCGCUUCGAUUUCCACAGCUUCUGCUGAGGAUGAGAAGGAUCAGGUAACUUGGGCUGGUUUUGACAUUCUGGAAGUUGAACCAUCUGUCUUAAGGCACAUUCUCUUACUUGGUUAUCUGAAUGGAUUUCAAGUACUUGAUGUGGAGGAUGCUUCUAACUUUAAAGAACUUGUUUCAAAGCGUGGCGGCCCUGUUUCAUUCUUACAGAUGCAUCCUUGUCCAAAAACGCCUGAUACUUCUCCAGGAAAGACUGAUACUCAUGAUGCACUCAUAAGAUCACAUCCUUUGCUGUUGAUCGUUGCAGGAGAAGAAAGUAAGGAUGUAGCUGUGGGGCAAAAUCAUAGAGUUAUUGGUGGCCAUCCAGGAAGUUGUGCCAACUCUCACAAUGCUGUUCAGUUUUACUCCCUUAAGUCUCACUCUUAUGUACAUGUUUUGAGAUUCCGAUCUGCUGUUUGUAUGGUUAGAUGCAGCUCUCAGAUAGUAGCUGUUGGCCUGGCUACACAAAUAUAUUGCUUCGAUGCAAUCACCCUUGAGGUUGUAUUUAGUGUUUUGACCUCUCCAGUUCCUGAGUUAUCAGGACAAGGAACCACUGGAAUUAAUGUUGGUUAUGGCCCCAUGGCUGUGGGUCCUAGGUGGUUAGCAUAUCCUGCUGUUGGCCCACUACCGUCAACCAUUGUUCAACUAAGUCCACAAAGCCUAUGCCUCUCUCCAGGUGUUAAUUCAUCAUCAUUUCCAGGCAGUGAUAGGUCAAUGGCUUAUUAUGCAGUGACGUCUGGUAAGCAACUGGCUGCUGGAAUUGCAAACUUGGGUGAUAGGGGAUAUAAAGCAUGGUCCAAGUACUGUCAAGAUCUGAACCCUAACAAGUCUAGUUUAUUGGUUGAAUCAAAUUCAGGGUGGAAAGCGGGAAGCCAUGCAGGAACUGAAGCAGAUUAUCCUGGGAUGGUUGCUGUUAAAGAUUUUGUUACCCGGGAUAUUAUAUCUCAGUUUAGAGCUCACACCAGCCCGUUGUCUGCACUAUGUUUUGAUCCUAGUGGGACCCUUCUAGUGACUGCAUCAAUACAUGGGAAUAACAUCAAUAUCUUCCGAAUCAUACCAUCUUACUCGCGCACUGGAUCAAAUGGUCUAAGCUUUGACUGCAGCUCUUCCCAUGUCCAUCUUUACAAACUGCACCGUGGAAUAACAUCAGCUACAAUCCAGGACAUUUGCUUUAGUAACUACAGUCAGUGGGUGGCAAUUGUUUCAUCCAAGGGAACUUGUCAUGUUUUUCUCUUGUCCCCUUUUGGUGGUGAAGCUGGAUUUAGAAUCCUUAAUUCUCAGGGUGAAGAACCAUGUCUGCUUCCAGUUGUAUCUUUACCUUGGUGGUCCACAUCAUCUCUCGUCAUAAAUCAGCAAUCUUUUCCACCUCCACCGCCUGUUUCUCUUUCUGUUGUGAGCAGAAUAAAAUACAGCAGCUUCGGAUGGCUAAAUACAGUAAACAGUUCAGCUGGUUCAGGAAAGGGUUUUGUGCCUUCUGGUGCUGUUGCUGCUAUUUUUCAUAAUGCGCUCUCUCGAAAUCCUCAUCGUGUAAACUCAAAGCACAAUUCCUUGGAGCAUCUGUUGGUUUAUACUCCUUCAGGUCAUGUAGUUCAGCAUGAACUUCUACCUUCUUUUGGGGCUGAACCAAGUCUCCACAGUUCUAGAACCGAAUCAAGUUCUUUUCUGCAUAUGCAGGAAGAUGAUUUUAAAUUAAAAGUUGAGCCUAUUCAGUGGUGGGAUGCAUGUAGAAGAUCAGAUUAUCCAGAAAGAGGGGAAUGCAUCUAUGACUCCACCUUUGAUGGGCAAGAUGUAGCCAAAACCAAAACCAAAACUACUCAGAAUGGAAGAACAGAUACUGAGGGAACUUAUGAAUUGGAUUUCCAGGAGAUGAAUGAUGAUUCUGGUGCAGAGAAGGUGAUUAGAGCCAUAGGUCAAUCUGGUAUAUCUCACGAGCAAUCCCACUGGUUUCUAUCAAAUGCAGAAGUACAAAUAAGCUCUGGAAGGCUACCAAUAUGGAAAAACUCCAAGAUUUUUGUUAUGAGUUCUCCAAGAAUCAACAGUAAUGCUGGUGGAGAGUUUGAAAUUGAAAAUGUGCCCGCUCAUGAAAUUGAAGUAAGAGAGAAGGAAUUGUUGCCUUGUUUUGACCAUUGCCUCAGCCUCAAGUCUGGCUGCAAUGACAGGUUGUUUUGUGGAUUCAGAGGCCUUGUUUUGGCAAGAUGUACCAGCCCUAGUUCUAAGACUUGCCAGUCCGAGGUCAAGAUUAGUGAAGAAAAUGUUGUUAUUUGUCACUCCAAACCUGCAUCACUUAGUUCCACGGAGAGCUCAGAUGGGGGUUCAUCAAGAAGGAUGGAAAACUUGAUUGAUUUUGAUCAGGCAGGCUGCGAGAAGUCUUGUACUCCCCUUUGUCAGCAUCUGAACGAGAUGUACUGGGAAAAAAGAGCAAAUGAUUCUUGUAUGUUGAGUCCGAAAUCCUCGAAUAUUCCAUCCACUCAAGCUGUAGAUUCGAGGAUCGAUGGCUCCUGUAACGAUUUAUACUUCUCGAACAGCAAUUUUGAUUUUCCUUCCGUCGAACACGUUUCUUCUGAAAGGCCACCUUUCGACAAAGAUACUUUUGGGCAGAUUUUCCAGGAGGAACCCUGCAAGGCAUUGGAGGGCGAUGAUGGUUGCCAAAUAAUAAACGAUAUUUCUACUGAUCAUGUUGAGCCCAACCGCAAUAGCGAUGUCGAGUACGAAAACAUAUCUAUAGAUGAGAAUGUCAAAAUAUUUGGUGACAUGUUCACCUCUUCCGAAGAAGGCUGAAAUAAUGAACCUUUGGAAGUGGUCAAAGGGUGCUAAAUAAAUAUCAUACCCAGUAACAUCUGCCAUAGUACGUGAACUCUUUCUCUCUCUCUAUCCCUCUGUCUCUCUUGUAUAGAUCUUAGAGGGGUGUAAUUGGGUCGGAUCGGGUCAGUUUCCUGGCCGAAUUGGUUCGGUUAAGUGGAGAAGAAAACCGAAUCUAUUAGAUCUUGUGAAUAAAUUUGCUGAAAUAUGUGAAGUGAAGGUUGCAGCCUUUAAUGGUGGUUUUUAGAACCGUUCUUGGUGGAAGUGGAACUAUAUCAUGGAAUGAAAUGUGUUCAUAUUUGUAAAGUGUUCGGUUUGAAAGAUUACACUGUAAAAUAAUGCACAAGAAUUUCCAAGCUGUACAAAAAUUACUUCUAUUAUUGGGUAGGAUGAGAAAAGGAAUGAAUUUUCAUAAUAUCCUUA